GAUAAACUAAAUAUGACUCAGUCCACAGCUGACUUCAUCAUGAAAGAUAACCUAAAAAUUCGCUAAACAUAUAACAAUGAAGAGUGCAAUUGUUUCGGUGUGCUUGAUUGUGAUUUUAGUGCAAUUAUACGAAGCAAAAGACUUAGUUGUGGGUACGAGAGUCAACAACCUGCUGAUUUCUACAGAGAAACUUGUCUUCAAAGGAAUACCUUUAUACAGAAGAGACAAAGAUUAUACCUACAUUGAUCCAAAACAAAGGGUUAUUAAGGGGAUCAUCGCCAGAGACCUCUCGCGGACGGACGCCGAAGUCACGGUGACAUCAGGCGGGGUCGGAGCCACCAAUGUAACGUUGCACUUCAAGAGUGCGAGGGGGGAGGGUCUGAACUACCUCAUUCUUAUAUUCAGCCAGAACCGUUGAGAGACCACUUGGAAGAAUAAAGUGUCUGUCUCCAUUGAGAUAAGCAGGAAACCGAAAAUAACAAAUGGGCGAGCCAAGAAAGAUGGUCAUUUUAUAAAAGCGUACAUUUUGAAUUAUAUUUUGCCAUAUCUUCUGGAGAUAUCAUUGGGAGGCAAAAUCAUUCAUUAUAAUUCGAGAUUCCAAAAAUUUUCCUAUUAUGAGAUCACAAAAUAUUUACGUAUUUAAUUAAUAAAUUUCGUUAAGGGAAAUCCAAAUGUUUUGUUAAAAUUAAUAUGACUUGGACCAAUCACAUCUCAAAACAUCAUCUUCGUCUAACAUGUUUUAUAAAGUUUUUGAAUUCUUAGCAAAAGCUGUAAAUAGUGUGUAAACUUAUGGAUAGCUUAAUUUUUUAUAUAUAGUAAAGGAGUGUGUAAAUAAA